UAACCCCUCACUAAAUGUUUUGUAAUAACCAUUCUAUUUGUCAUUUCAAGUUUUACCGGGCAAAAAAACCUGUAAAUUUCACCUAAUGUCAUUGUAAAAACCUUCCUAAGUAUAAGUACAUAUCCAUCAAAUGUCUGCAGUAUUUUAUUGUGAAAGGGAUAAUGUAAUUUAUAAUGUAAUUUUAUUUUUUUUGCAGUUCUGAUACUUUCUCCCAGUGCAAUGGAAGAUGCCAUCGGCAGACCUCGUGACGUGACCUGCUCAAGGUGCGGCGUAAUGAUUACCUCAUACUCGCCUCUGCGGCCGCAGGAGUUUGUGGAGUGGGUGGGCAUCGCCGCUGCUGAGAUGAACUCACAAAGUGCACACUGUCCAGACACUCCGCAGUCUGAGGACGUCCGGAGACACGCCGUCUUCCUUGGUCGUCCCUCGCCUCACAGUCGUCAUGUUCCGUAGCAGCAGUAGUACCUGCAGAAUCCUGCUCCUGGUCCUCUUUGGCCUCUUGGUGGUCUUUGUGCACUCAGGCCUGGCAGAGACUCUUGCAGACCCAUCCAGGGACAACCUGGACAUCAUGUCUGGAGAGACCCCCGCUGAUGUCGCCACCACCACCGCCAGGGAGAACCUUCAUCACAUGACCGAGCAGCCUUUCACUUUUGACUACGAGGACUCUACGCAGACCCUGGCUGUGGACGAGGAGGGGGUCCUGGGGCCGGGGGCCAUCACAGCCAUCGUCAUAGCCGUCUUCCUGGGAGCGUCCGUCCUCUUGGCGCUCAUCGUCAUCACACUCAGGAAGUUCACAGCAUCGUAGAAUGUUUUUUUUAUUUUAUUUUUUUACUGUAGUGUUUUGCUUUUUCAGGACAAAAUGUUGUGGCAGGUCCCCCUGACUGAGAAAUCAGUCCACAUGUUGCAUGUUUAAAGACUUGUUUGGCCCAGCUUUUAAUUUCUUAAAACUGGCUGCUUCCCCCAGUGCCUAUGUCUUUAAAUAUCGUACAUUAGUAUGUUGUACACCAGGGGUGCCAUUACAUUAAGCUUUAUUGCAGACUCCAACGUCCAAGUAGACAUACAAUCACAUACAGUACAUAAAACAAACAAAAAAUACAGUAUAAAAGGCAUUAUCACAUACCGGUAAACAAAACAGUGCUUGUUCAUAUUCAGUAAAAGGCAUCUAAUAAAUAAAUAAAAGCAGCAAUAAAAAAAUUAAGAAAUAUAUAUAUAUAUAUAUAUACUUAAAAAAUUUGUCCACACAUUCUAUAAAAGGCAUAGAUACCAGUGUUUCCAUAUUAAAUGAUUGGUACCUAACAUAACUACACCUAGGAUUGGUUAUCUGUAUAAUAUCAUUCUCGGACCCCUGCAGUCUACAUAUACAUUUAAACAUCAGUUUUCUCAAGGUGGCGUUGAAGGUGUUUAUCCCUAAAUCACAAAAAAAAUGUUUACAUUACAUCGAUCGCGAGCCACCGGUCGAUCGCCAGCCAGGCAUGGAAAAAAUAGACCUAAAAAUGAGCGAUCAUAAAUCUUCAAUAUGACGUCACCUUCAUCACUUAAUUGACAUUCAAGGCACCCGAGGGUCUUGCGAAAUUAUGCUGGCUGCUGCCAGCUAAGUGAAGAAAAAAAAGACCGUCAGGAGGCAGUGGUGGGACAAAGUCAUUGUUUUGCAAGUCAUAAGUACGUAAGUCUCAAGUCUUUGCCCUCAAGUAUCGAGUCAAGUACCGAGUCAAGUCCAAAGCCCUGCAUUUUGAGUUUCGAGUCCUUUCAAGUCCUUUUAACCAGAGACUAAUAUAUUUACACAGAUUGUUUAUUUAUUAAAACAAGUGCAUUUGAAAUUGCAGGAAAAAAAAUAGUGCUGACAUUGCACUAAAUAAUAGCACUAUUAACCAGUCAUUUUAAACAUUUAACUCAUUCCUUUACAGAAUAAACACAUUUGAAAAAACAAGUGCAACUGUAAUUAUUUGUACAAAAGUGUUAUUGUAUUUCCAUGGCAUAUUGCAUUUUAACUAGUUCCACAUCAGUUUCUAUCCUGUUCUUACCUUUUCUCAUUGAUCUCAUCUCAUACUGUAUGUGUGUUGGUGUGUGUGUACACAUGAAAAGUUAAAGUACCAAUGAUUGUCACACACACACGAGGUGUGGCGAAAUUAUUCUCUGCAUUUGACCCAUCACCCUUGAUCACCCCCUGGGAGGUGAGGGGAGCAGUGAGCAGCAGCGGUGGCCGCCCCCGGGAAUCAUUUUUGGUGAUUUAACCCCCAAUUCCAACCCUUGAUGCUGAGUGUCAAGCAGGGAGGUAAUGGGUCCCAUUUGUAUAGUCUUUGGUAUGACUCGGCCAGGGUUUGAACUCACAACCUACCAAUCUUAGGGCGGACACUCUAACCACAAGGCCACUGAGUAGGUAAAACAUAAAUACAUGAACAUAACAAUGAACAGAGUUGUACUUUUUAGAUGUCAGGGCCCUAUGCUGCAUUGCAUUUGCAAAAGAUCAAAUUGGCCAAGAGUCUGCCAGUCAUUUGUGCACGAAGAUGCCACCUUGGCUGUUGUGAGGUAAACAACCAGCAGUUGGAAAGCUAGCUAAAGCGGGACACAUACAGUAUGAACUGAAGUGGACGCAACAGAUUGCCGUGUUUGCAAUAAUGUUAUAACGUUAGCAGUGAGUUAACAGCCUCACUGAUUUAACUACACAGCAAAUAAAAGUUACGUUACUUAGCCAGUAAACGUUAGCUUACAUUCAAAACUUACCGUUUUUUGUGCAACUUCAAAUGUCAAACGAAGUUGGAAGUUGUUGCGUCUCUGUGUGAAUGAAGUGAAGUGAAGUGAAUUAUAUUUAUAUAGCGCUUUUCUCCAGUGACUCAAAGCGCUUUACAUAGUGAAACCCAAUAUCUAAGUUACAUUUAAACCAGUCUCUAUCUAUAAUCUUCGAACCGCAUGUUUUGGAUACUGCAAUUCCUUUUUUGUUGACCAACUCGUAGUUUUUAUACCCGAACGAAACCAUCUUUGGUAUAAUUUUUUCCUCACUGGCACGUUGUUUGACAACUCUUCUUCGUUGGUUGUCCUGCAAUUUGAUUGGAUGAAUUCUGUGGGAUGAAAACGAUUGAUUGAUUGAUUGGAUGUUGUACUGACAAAGCAGCACACAGGCUGACAGACACACAAGUACACAAUGAAAGAUACGGAGCGCUCCUGAAUAACUUUUUAAUCUUUUGGGUUUUGGGGAAAGUAGCAAGUCUUGUCAAGUCAAAAGGCUCAAUUCCAAGUGAAGUCACAAGUCAUUGAUGUUAAAAGUCUAAGUCUAGUUGCAAGUCUCUUUACCUUUUGUCAAGUCCAGUCUAAAGUCAUCAAAUUCAUGACUCGAGUCCAAGUCAUGUGACUCGAGUCCACACCUCUGUCAGGAGGGCGAGAACAGUUUUUAUUUCAACCGUACCUCCCGUCAAAUGCCUAAAGACUGACCGCACAGUUCCUGUCUACACAAUGAAAGCGCUGCUCCAUCCUGCCUGAGCUAACAAAAUAAGAGUCCGAAAGCUGGCGCAAACAAGCUAGCAAGCCACGGAGUCAAUGUAUUUCUUGCAAAGUGUAUACAAACGAGUAUGGAAGCUGAACAAAUAAGAUGCCAAAAUCAAUCACUUCAAAUGUAGUUUUGGACAGAAAUGAAGACUUUUCUUUUCUUCUCCACGAUGUAAAAUCAAAAAUGUGGAAGUUGUCAGCACUUCCAAUCAAUGCAAGUCAUUCGAAUCAGGUAAUAACUUAUAUUAUUGUCUUCAUGAAAGAAGAGAAUCUAUAUGUUAAACAUGCAUGUAUUUUGUACACCUUUAACGUGUGAACAAAAACGGCUAAAUAAAUAUAAAUUAUAUAAUAAAUAAUCACCUUGACUUGAUCAUUUAAAAAGUAGCUCGCCGGCUGAGAAAGUGUGGGCACCCCUGUUGUACACAUUGACCCCCAAACAGACAAUUUGUAUAUUCAUUACUCCUUGGAUGCACAACUACCAAUACUUACACUCUUCCACGAGUGGGGCAAAAAUGUCCUCAAUUAAAAUCAAAGCAUUUUUGCCAUAAACUGGGUUUUUAUUCUUCAAAAUCUUAAACGAAAAGUUGCAAUAUUUUCAUCUACCAGGUAUUUCCCAUAAAACAUGUUUGUGACGAGACCAUUUGCAUUUUUCGUUUGAAUAAUUUUAAUAAAUUGCAGGUUGGAAAUGCACAGAAAACUCUUAAAUCAUGUUUAAAAAAAAGAAGCUAACAUAACAUUAGCCUACUUUUGAGUUAGCUAGGUCAGGUACAAUGUGUGCGCGUUGGCUACUUUUAAGUAACACAUUAAUGUCUUGCCUGCCUAAAUAUAAUACUGUUAGCUCACCACAAAGUAGGCUAAUUUGAUCACACAUUAUAAGCUGUCUGUACAAAUAAGUUCUUAAAUGGAGAUAAUACAUGUAUGUUGCUGUCUAAAAAUGACCCCACGUGUGGAAGAGUUGGAUAGUGACACAAAAACUGCAAUUUAUUAAAAUUAUUGAAAAAAAACUAUGCAAAUGGCCUCAUGUCACCAACAUGUUUUAUGAGAAACAUCUGGAAUAUGAAUAUAUUACAACUUUUUAUUUUAAAGAUGUUGACGAAUAACAACCCGUGGGAUCCUUUUUGCAUCUAACGGUUAAUGUAACUUUCUAUUAGUUCUAACUACAGUAAGUACAACAAUAUUGUGUUGUUUUUUUUGUUUGAAGAAAUGUAAUAUAGUAUGUUGGGUGUUUUGGGUAAAUUGGAAUGUAAUGGAUGGGUGUUAUGUUAUUUACUGUCACACAGCUGCAAGUUGCUAUAAUCACAUUUUGUA